AUGUUGGUCCCGUUCAUCCCUCGCCUCACGAUUUUCAGCUCCAAAAUUUCCAAGAUGCUUGAUGCCACCCGCGCUGAGGACGAAGAAUACCGCGCCACUCUAGCUGCUGCUAAAGCUGAAGCUGCUGCGGCAGAGGUCAGACUUGCUAAUUCCACCCCUUUCGGGAGUACCCUUCGUAACGCCAAUCCCCAGACCACCGGUUACGAAGACGGAUUCGUGGGGAAGUGCGUCAUCAACGAUCCGCACACUGCUUUGCGCUUUGCAGAGGAAGAGUACGUCACGCAGCAACUCCCUCCGGAGCGCCUGGUAUACUGGGUCGAUGGAAGCAGCUCGACUAGCAACUCUGUAAUAGGGGACGAGUUCUACUCGUCAUGCGCCCUGGUGUGCAGGGACCUCUCACAAGCGGAACUCGCCUGGGAAUGCAGAUACAAGAUCUUUCCUGGAAAACUGACCUCAGUUGAGGCGGAGUGCGAGGCCGUGCUCAUGACGCUCCACAACGUCGUGGAGCUGUGCCAGGGAUCGACUAAGGAGGACCGUCUGCCUUCCAGCGUCGCCCUGUACUGUGAUUCGCAGAAUGCCAUCACAACGAUAUCUAAAUAUCGCCACUCAAAGACCAUGAUCAUGAGGAGGGAUUUACCAGUGCUUCCUUUUUUGAAAGAAAUUGCCGAACUUUCGCGAGAGUUGAAGGUUGACUUCAACUUGAACCUGGAGCUGCGAUGGAUCAAGAAAAAGACCGUGGCUGGUCACAGGCAUGCUGAUGCCUUGGCUAGGAAGUCAAGGAGGGACGCAGAUUCCGGAGUUCACCUUGUUGGCGAACAAGAUCCUUGUGGUGCGGCGAGUGUCAUGCAUUUCGGUGACAGCAUCAGAUUCUCAAAAAAACCAGCAGCCGGCGACACUAUCUGAAUAUUGGUUGACGGAAACGAAAGACCUCCUCCUUGAGAAGGGUUGUAUAUGGUAAACUUUGAUUUCCAGUUCGAAUAAGCGUCAAACAAACUGAUAGGUUGGCAGAAAUCUUCUCCCUCCAGGCGUUGGUACUAGUUGGCUUUGGCUAGCCAGCGAGGAGUAGUAGGGGAAACCCGAGCUAGAGUGAGGGGCUUCUAUACCUCAGCGUAGCUCCACUAUACCGUUGUCGACGGAUCGAUCGAACUUUCUCUAAGCCAGCCAUCUGUACUUAUCGGCCACCUCUUCUUU